GGUGAAAAGUACUUUUACCCUCUUUUUUUUAAACUUAUUUGAUUAUUUUGAUAAAUUGGUAACAAUGACGCAAAUUGACAAUCUGCUGAUUUGACGAUUGUUCACUUUGAUUGUUUAUAUCAUGGCGUCCGUCAGUGAAAGUGCAACGGAAGAAAGAACAGAGCCAGUUGUGGCCCAAACAAUUGUGAGUCCCGUCACCGAAUCAAUUCAAAAAGCAAUAGCGAUUGAGAAAGAACCAGAUUCAUCGACAGCGCCAACAAAGAAAUCUCGUGUCGAAGUCCAAUCUCUUCCAACUCGUCAAUAUUUGGAUCAAACUGUCGUGCCAAUAUUAUUACAAGCACUUUCAACUCUAGCAAAAGAACGACCACCAGAUCCGAUCAAUUAUUUAGCCGGUUAUCUUCUCAAAAAUAAAAGCCAAUAUGACAAUGGUGGAUCUCUACCUACUAAUCAUUGAGACUGCGAUAGGCAAAUUAAUUGAAACAAUUUAUUAACAAUUUAUCCAUAAGCAAUGAAAAGAAGAAGAAAAAAAGAAUGUCUUAAUAUUACAAUUUAAAAGAAUCUUUAUCGUAGUCAUUUUACAAUCUAAUAACUAUAAGAAUUUGCUUCCAGUACAAUUUUAAUAAGGAUCGAUGUUAUUUAUUUUUCUUUUUUUUUAUCUAAGAUUCAACUUGACAAGGUUUAUAAUAUUUUUAAAAACCAAUUUAAAAAUAAAAUUUGGUGUUAGCUUAAUUGUGAUAUAUUAAGUAUGUAAAAUGAGAACUUAAAAGACUAUAAGUGAAUUUACUUUAUAUCGAUCAAUAAUAAACGAUUUACCACUUUUA